ACUUGUAGUUUCCCCGUACGGUAUGCGUCUGUUAGCAGUACUCGGAAAAGGAUGGAAUUGACUUUGUAAAAGGAUUUUUGUAUCACAAACAGCAACAAACUAUGGCAACUUUAAUUAAAAAUAGAGAUGAUGUCGGCAGCAUUCUUGUCAAGGUCCAAGAAGAUCUUCACCAUCUAAAGAAAGAUGUUGCUCGCAUCUCUAUCCAAGGACAUGGAGAGUAUUUUGAUAUUCAGGCUCUAGAAACCGCAAUACAGAGAACUGAGACAGGAUUAAAGAAACAUGCUGAAGAGUAUCUAAACGCGAUCAACCAGCAAGUUUUAACACUUCCUUCUCUCGAAGAAAAAGAAACCCACAGCACCCAGCCAGCCAUAUGUUUUGGGGGACCUCAGUUCGACUCUGGAAAAUAUGUGCAGAAAAAAGACUUUUGUCCUGGAACACCUAAUUGUCGACCUCAAAUGUUUCAGCCAUGGCAUGGUGCAGCACAUCUUUCUCCUGGGAUACAGCACCAAGUGUCCAUGCAACUAAAGGUUCUGUAUGACCCAGUGAACCCCCUCAACCGGGAUAUUCUCAGUCAGAAUUAUGGGAUUUCUUUGCCCCUUAUUUCAAAGAGAAAGGAAAGUCUGGCACAGCAUCAGAAAAUAAUAAAGGGACCUAGGGUCACCAAUCAGUUUAUCCUACCAGCAUCUCAUCGUAGGGAUCCAACCCUUCUUCCUUCUUCAUUGUCUGAAAAAGACAGAAAUAAAGGAAUCCUGAACCUUCUUGAACGUGGACUAAUCCCUCCAGCAGCUCAAAUUACCAUUGAUCCUUCACCCUUAAAGCCCAAGGCAGCAACUCUACAUUCCAUCGAAGGAACACCUAAAAAGUCAUUUCCUGAGCUAGCAGAUGAUAAUCCUGAAAUUGACAUCUCUAAAGCAAAAGAUGUUGGGUGUGUAUCUACCUUUUCAUAUACUGUUCCAGGCCAAGGAAAUGUUGCUCCACCACCUACAGGGGCAUCUAAGAGGGCCGAUGAAAAACACAGGAAAAGCACACCGGCAAGCGAGGACCUGGUACCUUAUGGCCCAUCCCAAAGCAAGCUUCUUCAUAUGGCACCCGUGCAACCAUCAAAGGGUUCAUUAUCAGAUUUCAGAUUUAUCAUUCAAGAAGGCAAGGUAGAUGAGCUGGCUUCAGACUUUCUGGCGUUCAGACACUUCUACUGUUUAUCCUGGGGAAACAUACUUACUUUUUUGGAAUGUCUGGAAAAUUUCCUUAAAGAUUAUGCUGUGUCAGUUGCUGUUGUACAGGGCUCAAAAGUGGCAGAGCUGGCUUUACACAUGGAGAUUAACUGUAAGUAUAGCAAAGAAGACUUCCUGUCAGUUUUGGAAAACAAAGCAGCUGUACAAGAGCUCUUGGAAUGUCCAGGUCAAAGGUACAAAGGUCAGAAUGGCACUGAGAUGGCAGCUGUAAAGAUCCAAUCAACCUGGCGUCGAUAUCGGGACCGAAAUACUUAUCUAAAAUACAGGCAGCAGAAGUGGGCAGCAGGUGUGAUUGCCAUUUCUUGGCUCUUGCAUGCUCAGCUGACACGUGUGAAAAAAGCCCUCAAGGAAUCGCGUCAUAGACACCUGGAGAAUUUUCGCAUCAGGGCCAAGCAUCUGGCAGCCAACUGGAAUCGCAUCAGGACUUCCAGGAGGACCAUUAUCCAUAUCCCAUCAUUAGGUCAUUCACAGUUACUACGACUGAGUGUUCAUAAUCUGAAUAUUGAGCAGAACCUACAAAUUGGUAGGCUAUGUAAUUUGCAAGAUAUCAACAUAGAUGUCAUCUAUAUCUGCCCUGUUCAUCUCAGUGAGGACAUGCUGCAGUAUUAUAACAGACUUUUAGGCCUGCAGGCAGCUGUCAGAUCUGGAAACCCUGAGGACAUAGAUGACCUGCAGGAGAGGUUCAAAAUCAUCACCCCCGAAGCUAUAAACAGCUUCCCUACUCACAACAUGUGCCUGUCUACUCUGCUGAAGUAUAGCCCCAAGACGAUCAAGAGAAUACAAAAUCUUAUUAAAGGCAAGGAGGCAUACAUUGUUGGUGGGGUCCUGCACAAAGAUGACUUUGCUGUUGCUGACAUCCUGGAUGUGCCAAUUUUAGGCCCAGAGCUAGACGUAUUCCAUCUCUACAGCACUAAGUCUGGAAGUAAACGAAUCUUUGCAAGUGCAGGUGUUCCACUUCCACCAGGAGAGUAUGACAUUUACAAUCUCCAGCAGAUGUGUGAAUCCCUCAGCCAACUAAUCACAGAUAACCUGGAAGUAAAGCGCUGGCUGUUUAAAAUAGACGAUGAGUUUAGAGGAAGGGGCACUGCGUAUUGUGAUAUUGCAGCAUACAUGAAUUGUUAUGACUGGGUUCUGAAGGAUUUCCAUCGGUAUGGUCCAGAAAAAUGGAAACAGAAAUGGGCACAGGAGCCAGCUUUGGUGAAGAUCUCCCAGGAGCUGCCAAACGUUUUAACACAGCAUGCACAGCCAGUCAAUAGGAAACAGUACCCAACUUGGGAACGAUUCCUUACAGUAUUUCUUAGCCAAGGUGGUGUGAUAGAGGCUUGCCCUCCCUCAGAUAGCAUCACUAAUAUCACUGUGGAUGUGCUAAUAGAACCUACUGGUGAAGCAGUUAUUCUGUCAUGUGGGGAUCAGAUUCAUUCAACCAGUCCACUGGAAUGCUGGGGAACAUCUGUUCCUCAAACGUCAAUUGAUCCAGAAGUUCUAAACGUGAUGUGUUAUAAAAUUGCAGAAUCAUGCAAAGUAAGAGGAAUAAUGGGUUACCUAAGUAUUGACUUUGUGACCUUUAUCAGUCCACAUUCAGUGAAGCAACAGAUUUGGGCUACUGAUCUUGAUCUCCGGUAUAGUGACCAGCUUGCCUUGACUCAACUGAUGCUUUUCUUAACAAAUGGAAACCUGGACUGUACAGCCAGCACCUUUCAGGUACCACUACCUGUGAAGGAAACAAAACUGCGAAGACGCAGAAGAGAAGUGCCAGAAACUCGUCCACCACCAACUAGUCGUUACGCAAUUAUGAGUACACAAUUGAAGCACACAAACCUAACAAUGAUCAAUUAUGGUGUUUUCUUUCAAAUAUGCAAGGCUCAUGGCAUUGGCUUUGAUGUUAAGGAAAGACAAGGGACAGCUUUUGUUCUGUAUGAAAGUCAACAGCGGUACAAGCUGGGAAUGCUAACAAUCGGGGAGGAUCUCCAGGGGGCCCUCAUGACCUUUGCUCGCAAUCUCUCAGUCAUCCAUCAAGAAAUAUCAGCACCUAAUAUGCAAGGCGAGACCAAUUUUAAGAGGGCGAUUGAGGACAUUGAAGGAAUACUCAAUAUCACAAAGGAGAACAAGCAGAAGUCUGAAAAAGAAGAAUCACUGAACCAUGGAAGUACAUAGAGCCGUUACCUUUCCUUGAAAUGUGGUGUCUAAUGCUAUUAAAGGAUUAGUAUUUCCAAAACAAACUGAUAUGUUUUUGCAAGAUCAAACAAUAGUUUUCCAUCUAAUAAACAUAUUUAGAAAAAACAAAAAAUUUUUUUUUUUUUUUUUGUUUGUUUUUUGAGGAAAAGCACUUUUCAUGAAUUCAGUUAAUUUGCAGAAUAUUUAAGUCAUUUAAAAAUU